AUGAAUUUACAAACGGAACCGCUUUCCAGGAAAGGAAAGCAUGUUGUAUGUAUGGCUUCGGAUUUCUUUUAUCCAAACACUGGUGGAGUUGAGGAACACAUUUACAAUCUAUCUUUAUGUUUGAUAAAACGUGGUCAUAAAGUUAUUGUGAUAACACAUUGUUAUGGAGAACGUGUUGGAGUUCGGUAUUUAACCAGAGGCUUAAAAGUAUAUUAUUUGCCUAUUAGAGUCUUUUAUAGCCAAUGUGCUCUCCCAACCAUGAUUUGUAAUAUAGCUAUUGUCCGUUAUAUUUUGAUACGAGAGAGCAUCAGCAUUGUUCAUGGCCAUUCAGCUUUUAGUGUACUUGCUCAUGAAGUGUCUAUAAUAGGAAAAUUAAUGGGACUCAAAACUGUUUUUACAGAUCACAGCCUAUUUGGUUUUGCUGAUAUGUCUGCAGUAUUAACUAAUAAAUAUUUACAAAUGUGCUUGUGUGAGUGUGACCAUUGCAUAUGUGUAUCACAUACAGGAAAAGAGAAUACAGUGCUUCGAGCAAAAGUUAAGGCCCAUAAAGUAUCUGUUAUACCAAAUGCUGUUGAUGCAUAUUCUUUUAUCCCAGAUCCUAGCCAAAGAGAUCCAAAUUAUGUUACAAUUGUAAUUGUUUCUAGACUAGUUUAUAGAAAAGGUGUAGAUUUAAUGGCUGCUGUAAUAGCAGAUAUGUGUCCCCGUUAUCCUAAUAUUAGGUUUAUUAUAGGAGGAGAUGGUCCUAAAAUGUGGUUAUUGCAAGAAGUAAGAGAGAGAAAGGGCUUUCAGCACUGUGUUACCUUACUUGGCAGUCUUAAGCACUCAGAAGUAAGAGAUGUGUUAGUUAAAGGGGAUAUAUUUUUGAAUACAUCCCUAACAGAAGCAUAUUGUAUGGCUAUUGUUGAGGCUGCAUCUUGUGGUCUAAAGGUUGUUUCAACCAAAGUUGGAGGUAUACCUGAAGUACUACCAGAUGAUAUGAUUUAUUUAGCUGAACCAAAUGUUUGUAGUAUAAUAAAUAGCUUAGAAGUUGCCAUAACGGAUAUAAAAGAUGGACACUUUGUAUGUCCAUACCAGUGCAAUACAAAUGUUAGGACUAUGUAUAAUUGGAUGGAUGUUACAAGAAGAACAGAAAUUGUAUAUGACAGAAUUUUGCUCAAUAAAAAUAAACCUUUAGGUUUGCAGUUGAAAAGCUAUCUCUCCUGUGGGGUGUGGCCCUUUUUAUUAGUCAUAAGUUUAAUGUAUUUAUUGUUACAAUUAGUUGAAAGAGUAUACAAAAGGAAACAUAUUGAUAUAGCUAGGGAUUUGAAGUUAUGA